UUUAUCACAUUGAACAAAUAAAGCAAAAACCUCUACCUGAAGAAAACAUCUAACACUACUUUCUUACUCUCUCAACCAACAUUCACCAAAAAUGGAUAUUUUUCGAAGCAAUUUUUCGGACCCACUUAAUGAGUCUGAUAAUACUAGCAGCUCAUCUAAUCUUACUGAAUAUUCGUCAGUGAUGUUAGCUUCAAAUAACCCUAAAAAGAGAGCCGGGAGGAAGAAGUUUCAGGAAACUCGACAUCCAAUAUACAGGGGAGUGAGAAAAAGAAAUUCAGAUAAAUGGGUUUGUGAAGUCAGAGAACCCAAUAAAAAAUCAAGGCUUUGGCUUGGCACAUACCCAACGGUAGAAAUGGCGGCUAGAGCUCAUGACGUGGCAGCUAUAGCCUUGAGGGGUCGUUCUGCUUGCUUGAACUUUGCUGACUCUACUUGGAGGUUGCCUAUCCCAGCUUCCUCCUGCACCAAGGAUAUUCAGAAGGCGGCCGCUCAAGCCGCCGAAUCUUUCCGACUGCCACUAAAGUCGGAAAGAGUUUCAGGAGAAUACAUAUACAGUCCUGAAACGCCACAAAGUAUGUUCUUUGUGGAUGAGGAAGCGCUCUACUACAUGCCAGGAUUACUUGCGAAUUUAGCCCAAGGAAUGAUGCUACCUCCACCUCAAUGUUUAGAAAUCGGAGAUCAUGCCGAAACUGAUCAUGCUGACAUGUCUUUAUGGAGUUAUAUUUAAAUAAUUAAUUCUGGUUAUUACUUCUUUGACAGUUUAUGUGCAAUCGGAAUGCUCAAAGUCUCAAAAUAGAGAUAUGCCUAUUUUCGUAAAUAAUCGGACGGGGAUGUAAACAAGUUUGUAAUUUAGAGACAACGUAGAAAUUUCCAACCGCAAAUCGGAAAAACAUGUAGUCCUAUGUUGUCCUAUUAUUAGAAAGUGGCUCCACCUUAAUGCAAAUUAAUCAAUGUGGCCUAGAUGGACGUUAGUGCGGACAAGACUAUUAUGGCGUCAUUAUGGUCAUCUAAUUAUAAUUUGUUGACUUGGUUUACGCAAGUGAAAAGAAAAUUAGCUUUGUUAUUUCAAGCCAUUGUACUUGAAUGAAACAAGUCCGCAAGCUACGUUAAUUUGGUAUACAUGACAGGUAAAAUGGACGGAGGGAUUAAUUUUUGCCAUUUUGAUAUUGAAAAAAAUAAAAUUUCCAACUUCUUUCGUAGUAGCCUUAUGAGCAUCUAAAUUUUAAUGUUUUACAGCCACA